UCAAGUUUUCAACCCCUUUUUCCCCCGAAUUCGAAAACUAUUUUGUCUAGCGAAACAGAGAAAGAGAGAAAGUAAGAUAACAUUGAGCUUCUGAGAUGGCGAUUGCGGUAGCUUUCUCUGCCAGUAGCUCGCCAACUUGCACCGUUCUACCUCUUCAAGGGCUUCCUGGAAGUCUGGGUUCACAUCGUCCCCUCCAAUGGACAAAGAAAGAGAGACGUUGUAGAAGAAAAAUCGGUUUCACAGUGACUGCAAAGUUUGAUCUGAAGCCUCCUCCAUAUUCACUGAAUUCUUUGGAGCCACAUAUGAGCCAGGAGACCUUGGAGUAUCAUUGGGGAAAGCACCAUAGGGGUUACGUGGAGAACCUAAACAAGCAAAUAGUAGGAACAGAGCUGGAUGGAAUGUCAUUGGAAGAUAUAAUAAUUGUUUCAUACAAUAAAGGUGAUCUUCUUCCAACUUUCAAUAACGCAGGACAGAUUUGGAACCACGACUUCUUUUGGGAAUCCAUGAAACCCGGCGGUGGGGGGAAGCCAGAUGGGGAUCUUCUAGAACUGAUUGAAAGGGACUUUGGAUCUUUUGAAAAAUUUGUUGAAGAGUUCAAGUCAGCUGCAGCUACACAGUUUGGUUCUGGUUGGGCUUGGCUUGCAUAUAAAGCGAAUAGACUAGAAGUUGGAAAUGCAGUAAAUCCCCGCCCAUCAAAUGAAGACAAAAAGCUUGUGAUAGUGAAGAGCCCCAAUGCUGUCAAUCCACUUGUUUGGGACUAUUCUCCACUUCUUACCAUCGAUGUUUGGGAGCAUGCUUACUACCUCGACUUUCAGAACCGUCGACCUGAUUACAUAUCAAUCUUCAUUGAGAAGCUUGUAUCAUGGGAAGCAGUCAGUUCUAGACUUGAAAUUGCAAAGGCCCGAGCUGCUGAAAGAGAGAGAGAAGAAGAAAGGAAGAAAAAAGAGGAGGAUGACAAAAUGGCAGGUGGCGAAACUGCUGAGGUGUACUUGGACAAUGAUACUGAUGACUCGGAGGUUGAAUGAAUUCCUUUUGUUUUGCAUUGACAGUCACUGGAGAGGGAUAUUUUUGGUUAAUUGUCUUAUUUUCACUUCAAUGUGAUAUAGAGGAAAGUUUCCGCACCAGGUAGAUUUUACGUUGUUUCCCUUCUCUGGCGUUUGUAUUGUGGCUACCCUUGCCGAAGUCAAGAUGGGAAGCACAUUGUCUUGAUUUACCAUGUAUUUCAUAAUAAUCCAUCCUCUCAAUGUGAAGAGAUGUGCACAUUCUGAAGAGGUCCAUUUUGGGCUAUGUUUUGGUUUAAUAAAAGACAAUAUCAGUAUGUUACAAUUGAGUUAA